AUGCAUUCAGGCGUUGGACCUGCAGCUCAAUUGAAAAGGCAUAAGAUCGAAGUCGUUCAUGACAUCCCAUCGGUCGGCGAGGGACUUCGCGAUCACUGCUUUGUCCCGAUGGUUAACACUCGCACAGACACUAGUACCGAUCGAAAAGCUUCUCAUGGCUCGCAGAAAGCCAUGGAUAACUGGGUCAUGGGCAACGUUUCCUGCGAGCUAGACAUCGGAUGGUUCAAGCCAACUGAGAAGUUGAGGACCUGGCCAGAGUUCCUUGCCCUCCCAGAGUAUGAGCAACGGUACCUUCUCCAAGGCACUGUCCCCCAUUUCGAGAUGAUCAUACAUUCCCCCACCUUUUUCAAUGCACUGAACUAUCAUUGUUUCCUCGUUUUCUUGUUCAACGCCCAAACUCGUGGCCAGGUUAUGCUGCAAUCCUCAGAUGCUGAUGCUCCGCUCCUCUUCGAUGCAAAGUUUCUUGCGCAUCCAUUUUAUCGUCGCCUGGCAGUCGAAGCUCCCCGGGGCUCUUUCCGAUAUACCAAGGACAGCGUAGCUAAUCUCGCGAUGCCUCAAGACGCGUCGGAUGAAGAAUUACUCGGUUAUUGGCUCGCAAACAUCUCGUCCAGCUGGAAUAUGACAGGUACCGUCAAGAUGGGCAAGAGUGGCGACUCUGACGCUAUUGUGGACGCAGAUUUCAAGGUAAUUGGUAUCGAGAACCUGCGUAUUGCGGAUAUGGGCGUGGUGCCUGUUUUGGUGAAUGCUCAUAUUCAAGUGGUAGCGUAUGUCACGGGUGUAACUUGCGCCGAGAAGUUGCAAAGGGACUACCAAUUCAACCAAAAAGUUCAAGGACGUAGUGCUCUUUAA